ACAUCUUGGGCCCGGCGUUUCCUGUCGACGAGGUACGCCAUAUUAUCGUGAAUCGACGACACGGAGUGUUUGCUUGUGGUGCUUUCCACAUACAUUCUUUUUUCUUUGUUUAAUAUCUCUAGAAAAGAUUAAUAAUGAGCGAUAUCGAGAGAAGCGGUAGUCGCAGCGCAAGCCCACGAAGACCACGAACCGCGGACGGCGGUCUAAGGGACUCACGAUCGCAUUCAAGAUCGCGUAAAUCACGCGAGCGGAAGGAGACGCAUAGGGAGGUCAAGUACUCGAGAUCUCGAAGCCGUUCCGUGUCGCGUGGCCGGAAGUCUUAUCGCGGCAGCAAGUACACAAGCGCCGGUCAUCGCGGUAGCAGCCGUAGUCGGAGUCGCUCGCCGUAUCGUACCGGCCGUUACUCCCGUAGCAGAUCCCGUUCAUACUCGCGAUCGCGGUACUCCCGCGAUCGGCAUGUGUAUCGAUCUCACUCACGCAGUCCGAUGUCGUCUAGGCGACGACACGUCGGCAAUCGCGACAACCCAUGUCCCUCCCGAUGUUUAGGUGUGUUUGGACUGUCGAUUUUUACAACUGAACAACAAAUUCAUCAUAUUUUCUCGAAAUACGGUCCUGUUGAACGAGUACAGGUUGUUAUUGAUGCAAAGACUGGAAGAUCUCGAGGAUUUUGCUUUGUAUAUUUUGACUCAUCAGAGGAUGCCAAAGUUGCUAAAGAACAAUGUACUGGCAUGGAUAUUGAUGGAAGAAGAAUAAGGGUAGAUUUCUCUAUCACACAGCGUGCUCAUACACCCACACCUGGAAUAUACAUGGGAAAACCUACGCAUCUGCACGAUAGAGGAUGGGAUGGACCCAGACGUAGAGAGAUCAGCUAUAGAGGAAGUUAUCGUCGCUCACCCAGUCCAUACUACAGUCGCCGACGUUCUCGCUACGAUCGUUCCAGAUCACGUUCUUAUUCACCACGUUUUGAAUCAAGAGGUAUUGGAUGAUAGAGGGAAGUUUGAAGUUUCUCUCACUCUGAAAAAAUGAGUUUUGAAAAGUUGAAGACAAGAUAUCCGAAGACACGUUUAUCUUGCUCACAUUAUCAAGAAUACGAAGGUUUUCUCGGUUGCUUGUGACAAAGAAUAUGAUCUGCAAUUCAUUUCCGGCUGAGAAGUCUCAAGCCUCUAGAAGAGAACUUCAAGCGCUCAGUAAUGCAAGUCCGAAGACAGUCGAGUUGAUCGUCAGACCCCCGACCGGGACAGACGAAUCGUUUGGUUGGGGGUGAAACAGGGGCCGACGUGUUUCCGAAAAUAUUCAAGAAGCAUCGAAAUCUUUCAUGAUAGGGACGAGCGUAAGGUGCUCCCAGACCUUUAUACCGAUCAUAUUCUUUAUCAGUUGGUUUGGUUGCCAUGCGCCAUAUUAUUCGCUUUAGAGAAUGCAUACACACAUACACACACAAACACACACACACACACAUAUAUAUAUAUAUAUAUAUGUGUGUGUGUGUGUGUGUGUGUGUGU